CGCAGGUCACAUAUUUUCUCCUCAUGAGCCACUUUACACCGAACAGUAAAUGUCGCGAUGUUUGUGGUGUUGACGUUAUAUCUGUGAUAGUUUCUGUAGAGCUUGGACUCUGAACUCCGAAACAGUUUUAAUUCUGAUCUGAUAAUUGUACUUGCCAUUCAAUUUUGCAAUCUGUAAAAUGAAGGAACAUAAACAUAAAAAGCAUAGGCGAGGUUCCCGUGAGAGAGACUCCCCUGAAGUACCAAGGAAAAUUCCUAAACGGGAACCCUCUGAAUCAAGAGACGCCCAUGAGCGACAUGAAAGGAAAAGGCAGCACCAUGACAAACAUGACAGACACCGUAACCCAGAGGUUUCAAGGACAGAUUCGUCAAGAAAUCGUGAAGAUAGAGAUCGAAAUAGAGACAGAGAUAGGGAGAGAGAUCGAGAAAGAGGUCAUGAAAGGAGGAAAGACUCAGACUAUGACAGAGAUCGCAAACCUCUUAACAAUAUUAGAAUAAAAGAAGAAGUUGACAGUGAUGAUGGCCGUGAUAGAGAUGGACCCUCAUCGUCAAGGUGGGAUGAAGAUGGCGAUAAAAAUAGAUUCAGGAACAACAGAGACCAUGAGAGAAGUAGGAAUCCCACUGACCGAGGUUUUGAUAAACCAAGAGGACUCAGACCAGACUUUGAUGAGCACAGGGGUGGUGGAGACAGAGGAGGAAGAGGUGGCAGAGGUGGUCGCGGAGGCAGGGGUGGCAGAGGAGGUAGAGGAGGCAGAGGAGGUGGACCUGGGAGAUCAAGGUUUCCUAAAGACGAGGAAGACACCAGUAAUAUGGAAUGGGGCAAGAAAAGUGAUCAGUCAGGGAAUAAACCUCUUCCUCCUGAAGAGAGAGACAAGCCAAAUUUUGGUCUUUCGGGAAAAUUGACCGAAGACACAAACACAUAUAAAGGUGUUGUUAUCAAGUACAGUGAGCCUCCUGAAGCUAGAGUUCCUAAAAGACGCUGGCGUUUGUACCCUUUUAAAGGGGAAGAGGCAUUGAAAGUUCUGUACAUACAUAGGGCAAGUGCUUUCUUGAUGGGGCGUGAACGAAAGAUUGUUGACAUUCCAUUGGACCAUCCCUCUUGUUCUAAGCAGCAUGCUGCAAUUCAGUUCCGGCUAGUUCAUUAUACAAGAGAUAAUGGUUCUGAAGGAAAGAGAAUACGACCUUAUCUCAUAGAUUUGGAUUCUGCUAAUGGAACUUUUGUAAAUAAUAACAAAAUUGAACCAAGGAAGUAUGUAGAACUCCUUGAAAGGGAUGUUCUCAAGUUUGGCUUCAGUACAAGAGAGUUUGUCUUACUACAUGAACACAGUAAGGAUGAGGAAGAAGAUGACAAUUUUGUAGAGUAGUGCAUUGUGUUAUCAACCUCAGCUACAUUUGAUUGUUUUAUUUUCAUAUUCUUUUUGCAAACAGUUCAACAGAUUACUUUGACAAAAUACACGCUUAAGAGAACACU